CAAUGUGGGAAACGAAAUGUCAAAGAUUGUUUUGUAAACAAAAACACGAGGAUCUUGAAAUAGCGUGAAAGAUGGGAACUCCACAGAAAUUCGCAUUACCUUCUCCUAAUUUCAAUAAAAAAGUACCGGAAUCGCUGGCAAUGAAGCCACACUUUCUUACGCCUUCAGGUAUGACUUUGCAUGCAAGACAUCAACCACCACCAAUGUAUGGAAAACGCGGAGCUACAUAUCCAGGGAAAUUCCUACAGAAGACAAAUCACAUAAAGUUCACUGCAUCAGUCGUGCAAGCGGCAGCGAUAGUGGAACCUCAAUUCUGCGAAGCUUGCGAUAUGGAGUUACAAUCGAUGGAUGAUCUGCGACGCCACACAAUUCAACAUGAAAAGUGUCCAUUUGACAACUGCAACUAUAGUGGGCAUCCAUCAGUUAUGGAUAAACAUGUUACUACUCUUCACAACUCAGGACUAUUUGACAAAUUUAAAAAGCUUAGCUCUCCGGAGGAAAUAGCAGCUUGGCGCGAAGAAAGGAAGCGAAAAUAUCCCACACUAGAAAAUUCGCUGAUGCGUCAACGAGCCAAGGAGCAGCGUGAAAAGCGAGGUGAACGCCUAGAAGCCAAUAAAAGCCGAUUUGGAAAGUAUGACGAUAGAAAAAAAGCUCAGAAUAACGUUAACUUUUUUGAAAAACCACAAAAAGGAAAACAAAACCAGCCAAACAACGUAAAAUCAAGGGACUCGCAAACUAACCGAAAAAGCAAUAAAAGGCGUAGAAAACAAGAAAAACAAAAACUUGAGGAGAAAAAGCAAAAUGAGCAAAUAGAGAAAAUUAAAACAGUAAAAAAAGAAACUGGGCUAACCGUAGAAAAGGAAGAGAUUGAAAGAAGUUGUGAUGGCGUGCUAAUGUUUAAAGGUACAAGUGGGCUUAGCGACUAUCAACAUGUCAAGCCAAAGAAACCAACGGAGACAAAUGUAUUAAGCGGUUUGCUCGGAAUGUACGGGUCGGACAAUGAUUCUGAAGAAGAUACUGAUGAGGAUGAGAGACUCAACGAAAGUGAGGAUUUUUCAAAAGAUUACAUAAAAUCGGAGGUAGAAAUUAAAAGUGCAGAACAUACCGAAAAUUCUGUCGACAAAGAGUCUGUUAAUAUCACAUCUUCCGUGCUGCACGGUGAUGAAGAGCUUUUAAAAGUGGUUGCAGUUGAAAAUAAAACCGAACCAGAAAGUAAUUUUGAAUCUUCAGAACAGAAUCCGUUAAAACUUUAUCUUGAAAAUAAUUUGGAUAAUUCUGCUGAUUUAGCCGAUGAGAAUGCCGAUACAAGUAAAAAUGUAGAAUAUUCAAAUGAUAGUACAAAGAAAGAAUUUGUUUGCUCAGAUGACGAAGGCCCUGAAGAGGCUCCAAUAGCACGUUCAAUUGACCUGCCAAUGCCAAUAAAACGACCGCAAACCACUGAGCCCGCUGAAGGCACUUCAAAUAGCGUGAGCAAUCAACCGGCACCUAGUAAACGUACAAAACUUAACCAACUUCAUAAGCGAAAAUCUGGACUAGACUAUCGCAAAGCCCGAUUGCGAAAGCAGAAUACGUUGUUGGAAAAAUUACUUGAGCCCGACAUACGCCACGAACGCAAUGUGUUACUUCAAUGUGUUCGUUAUGUAUGCGAGAACAAGUUUUUUGGCAUUGGCGAGAAAAAGAAAGAAUAAAUAUAUUUUUUACGUUUACCUAGUUUGAAAAGGAAAUUGUUAAAUACUUUUAAUAAAAUUAGG